AUGACCUCUCUCUUCGGAAAGAAACACCGCUCGUCGGCCUCUGCGUCUUCCACUCAUGGAGCAGCGUCACCCAACGGACUGGUCGCCUCAGUUCCAUAUAAUCAGAUCACUUCUUCGGGCCCACCUCCAGUCGCCGGGCCAUCGACAAAAGGCAGCGGCGAUGUCACGGGACGGAUGAUCAGUCCACCCAACACCAAUCCCAUGUUGACGGAUCAAGGGACACCGAUGAACGUUAGUAGACGAGGUGAUGGUCUACCUCUGCCGUCGAACAGGAGAAGAUCUAAUAGAGACGAAUCGGAUAGUGAUAGAAGGUCUAAUAUCACUGAUCCCGGGGGAGGAAGGAUGUCACCCGACUUGCCUGGUCAGUCGAAAAGGUCAACCGCAGAUGCAGCUGGAGGAGUGAGGUAUAAUCAACCUGGUAUAGUCCUUGACGCCUCCUCAUCUACUGGUAUUCGAUAUCAACCACCCACCGUUGUCUCUCAGAAUACGGCACGAUCCCCUACUCCCCAAGAACUCGGUGGCCCAGCUGCUAAACACCCUUAUGCAAUUGGUUAUGGUUUCCAAGAUCCGGAAACGGCUUCGAUACGUACAGUCUCAUCGAUCAACUCCCAGCGUCCUAAUCGAGAUGGACGAUAUCCUACCUUUGAUGGUCCUCCUCCUGCCAGAUCAAGUGUUUCAAGCCGACAUGCACACCCUUCAUCGAAUGGUCGUUCGACACCCACAGCAUCCACCUCGACUACCUCACUCGUUCAACCCCACACGCCACGACAAGAUGACUUUCAUUUCCCUCGUCCCAAUGAUGCGAGAAUAGAAGAACUGUUCCAGCAGUUACUGGAGAGUAGAGAUCUGGAUACCUCUCAACCGAAAGGUGUACCUUCUAUAUCAUCCAGAAGCUCGAUAUCGUCCACCGUGUCGAAUAUCGCCAAAACCGCUUCCUCCAUACCUAUCGAAUCCAAAUGGCAGAUGGUCGAGGCUGACGCUCGAAAUCGACACGAGAAUGCAAAGGUGGCUCGACGCAAGGAGGAAGAAUUGAACAGGAUGAGUAUAGGAAAACGAGUGGAUGCUAGAAGUUUGGAUAGAACGACUGCAGAAUGGUAUCUGACCAAGGCUUUAGACGGGAAGUUGACGGUAGAUCAUCUCAAGGCUUUGGAUAUUAGCUUACGGACGGAGACCCUAGACUGGAUGAAUAAUUUCAUGGCUCAUCAAGGUCAAGUGGUGCUUGCGAAUUAUCUUAACGGUAUCACGCAUCGCACAGGGAAAGGUCCUGUAGAUGCAAACUUGGAGUUGGAAUUACUGAAAUGUUUGAGAAGAUCUCUAGGCAAUAAAAAACCUCAAGUGAUCAAUGCAAUCGUCUCCUCCCUCAUCUCCCCUCACAUCGUAUGCCGCAAGAUCGCAGGAGAGAUCCUCGUUUUCUUCUGUCAUUACAAUGCCGAUGCAAACCCUCGUCUCGGUCUACGUCUAGUCUUGUCAGGAUUUACCGCGUUGGAACAGCAGAUCAAUGCCAGUGUAGCUGAUCUCGCGUAUAAAGUCGGUCGGUUCGACGCUUGGCUGAGGCAGUUUGAAGCUACAAUCGAUGGAAGAGGAAGAAUGGGCAGUAUGGUUGGGUUGAGUAAAGAUUUGAGAGGAAUGGACGAUGGCUUCCUAAUGGAUUAUUGUGUCACUAUGCUCUGCCUGGUUCAAGGUGUAAUGUCCGGGAAGGAUAUCAAGUCAAGGUGUUCGGUACGAGCUCAGCUGGAAACCGCAGGCAUCCUCAACAUUUUCCACAAGAUCAAACAGUGGAAUGAUCCGGACAUCAUGAAGUUGAUCAUAGAAUAUGAAACUGAAGCCGAGAAUGACCGUCGUGACUUGAUUGAUGAAGAGGAUCGAGAAAUGCUUAAAUCGAUGAGAAGUCCUGAAGACGUCUUUCGUGCUCUAUUGCAAACCACCAAAGGAUCAAAAGCCAGUGCAUACCUUCUCAACGCACUUCGCCAUCUUCUACUUAUUAAGGGAGAGAAAGAGGAGAAAGUCCGAUAUUUCCAGCUUCUCGACAAGCUGAUCACCAGUAUUGUCAUGAGUGAUACGCCGGAUCUCAGUCAAGAUUUCUCUCGUGCUUUUGGAAUUUCAGUAUCUCAUCUUGUCGGCAGGUUUGUGGAACAGGAUCGGCUGGAUGAAGCCAUGGUAGAACUCAAAAGCACAAAAGUAGCUCUCGCCAGACUCCAAGAGGAAAAGCGAAGCUUGCAAGAGGAAAUAUCUGCCGGUGAUGAAGGGUUAGUAGGCAAAUUGAAAGCCCAGGUCAUCGAUCUGGAAGAAAAGUUGAGAAGAUCCAGAGCCGCUACGGAAACGGUCACUGAUCAAAUGGAAGGGAUGAAGCGGGAUUACGAGCAACGGAUAGCCGAUUUAGAAUUAUAUAUCCAAGAACUAUUCAACAUGCUUCGUGAAACCAAUCAUCUCGAGCAAGUGCAGGAGAUGACCCAUGGUCCCAUUGACAGGAGGAAAUUGAUUCACGAUCUCCGCGAACAGUGGGAAAGGAAGAAGACUAUCCGUAAAUUGGAAGGAAAGAAUCGACGGAAAACGGUGAGACCAGGGUCCACCAUAUUGGAGGAUGAUUCAGAAGAAGAUGUUGAAGAUGAAGAUGGUGAAGUGAUGGAAGCGGAAAAGGUUGCUUUAGGAGGUCAGGCCAAGGGAGAAGUGAAAAACGCACAUAGAGAGUCUCAUCGAGACAGGAAGGCCAUGUCCGGUUCGCAAUUUAUGGAUGCCGAGGAGGAAAGGGUCAGAGCCCAUAUCGAGAACACAUUAGCCAAAGGAGCGGACUCAGUGUCGCCCAUACGUCCCCAAGGUGCAUCAUCAUCUCGUACCGGACGAACGCGCGACGAUCUCACCCCUACUCGAAGAGCGUUCGACAUCAAUGCUCCUCCUGUUGGAGAGAAAUCGAUCUAUCGUCAAUCAAAGAAGCCAGGUCUUCCCCCUCGGUUCUUGGAGGAGAUACGAUUCAAGGCUCUUUCUCGAAGUUCCUCUGCUCCUGCUGGCCUAAUCAGCGAUGACGAUGUUGAGGGUGAAGAUUGCAGAGAUAGUCAAUUCACACAACGUACUGAUGGUACCGGCUAUACAUCUGGCAUGUCAUAUGAGAUACGUACACCUAGCAGUCGGGACAACUUUAGGGUGCAGGUCCUCAGUCGAGCCAAAUCGAUCCGUCAUGGUUUGGACUCGGACGAUAUCUUGCCGGACGAUGCUGGGAAUUUAUCCACCGUGCAAGAAGGCGAAGAGAGUAGAGGUAGCUUGGGUCACGAUGCUGAAGAUGGCGCAGGUGAAAUGGAGAAAUCAUCUUCAGCUGUAACCUAUCCUCCCCCUCCUCCCCCACCGCCACCUCCUCCUCCUCCACCGCCGCCUCCCCCACCGAUGUUCGGCACUCCAGCAAGCACUUCGACCAGUUCCUUCUCUUCACCACCACCGCCACCUCCUCCGCCCCCGCCGCCUCCUGGUGCAUUCGCCGGACCUGGUGCACAACUACCUGGAAUGUCUGGCGUUCUGGCAGGUAUCAAGGACGGGGUAUCACUCAAGAAGACAGCUAGUUCUCCCACUCCUCCUCCACCACCACCGCCCCCUAUCUCACCUCAGAACUCCUUGCCCACCGUCGCUCGGGCACCUCUCGGAUCGAUCAGCUCACUCCUUCACGGUUCAAAUGACUCUCGUAAAGACAUUGGUUUGAUUGCUAGUAAGAAGAUGAAGCAACUCCAAUGGGAGAAGGUCUCCAAGAAUCAAUUGUCGAAGACCGUAUGGGGCCAAGCCGACGAGGUGGAAAGUGAGUUGGUGGAUAAGAUGCAGGCUGUGAAUCUGUGGGAUGAGAUGGAAGACGAGUUCAAAGCAAAGGAAAUCAUCUAUGAUGCCGUCAAGAAACGCAAAGAAACGGAGUUGCAGAGUGUUCUCGCGCCCGAUCAUCGUAAAAGAAUUGAAAUUCUCAUGGCUGGUUCGACUGCGAAAAGCUUCAAAGACCCCGAGAGACUUUCGGAAGCUAUCGCCAAUUUCAGCAGCGAGCUUUGUACGGAAACAUUCUUACACGAGCUUCAAGGUGUUUUACCGAAUGACGAUGACCGAGGGAAACUUCUCACUCAUUCCGCUGAUACCGAAUCGGAAUUGGAGCUGCUCCAUCCUGCUGACCGAUUGAUGGUCCGCCUGAUUCAACUUCCUCACCUGAACGACAGAGUCAAAGGAAUGUUAUUCGAAGUGCGCUUCGCCCAGAACAUGGAUCUACUUGAGCAGAGUCUCUCCAUCCUCAAAAGCGCUUGUCAUGAUCUCCGUCAUGCCGAACGAUUCCAGAAAUUGCUCAACGUCAUUCUCACGAUGGGAAAUUACCUCAAUGGUACCAACUUUGCCGGUGGGGCUUUCGGAUUCAAGAUUGCUAGUAUCAACAGACUUGUCGAUACCAAAUCCAGCGGUGGUGGGAACUUGCUGCAUUUCCUUGAGAAAACGGUCUCUCAACAUUUCCCUCAUCUCGAUGGGUUCCUGGACGAAUUGACAAAGCCAGCUGAAGCGUCUCGAGUCAAUUAUGCCGAUAUGCAAGCCACGUCGAAACACAUGCUCGACGAGAUCCGAAAGAUCCGAGACUCUCUACGAAACAACUUCGAAGAAGGCGUGGAUGGGUAUACCAAGAAGAUGUUCCGUUUCUCUGCUGUUGCUGAAGAACGACUACAAGAUCUUAGAGAUGGUAUAAUCGGAGCUGAUAAGGAGUUGCGAGAGGUCGAGACUUAUUAUGGUGAAGGCGAAGAGAUGGGUAGACCCCUACAGAGUCAAGAUUUCUUUGGAAUAUUCAGAACGUUCACAUCAUCUUAUAGAUUCUGUCGAUCUCAAAACCGAGCUAGAGCCGAAGAAGCCGCUGCUCGAGAACGUCGGGCUGCUGCGAAAGCUGCUCUGACCCCUCAGACUACCGGCAUGUCUACUGCUUCGCGAGACCUCAUCGACGGUACUAUGCAACGUCUCAAGGUUGAAGGUACCCCUCGGGUCAAGCGUGAACGACGUGCUCAUCUACCUCCGCCAAGUCCUCUACCUCAAACUACCGAUUUCUCCGAUUUCAUGAUUCCGCUGUCAGCCGGUGAUACCGAAACUCUCGAUUUUGGUUCUCUAGCCCAACGGAUGAUGUUGGAUGAGAAUUUCUUCCCCGGAUUGUCUUCAGGAGGAGGGUUCGGGGAACCAAUCGAUCUUGGCCUUCUCAGUCCACAACCAACCGGAGGAGAACCGCUUUCACCUGAAUCACCCAGCCCGAAUCCGCUUACGAUCGCUGAACAGGAGGGAAAAGCACUCUUGCCUUCGCCAAGCGAAAUGGGACGUCACAGUCCGACACCACUAUCAAAAGUCUCAGAGCAAGAAGAAGACGAGGGACAAUUUGAAGAUUGA